AUGAGUCAAGCUUUAUUCACUAACUUUAGAAUUCCAGAGAAAAUGGUUCCAUAUGUGAACCUCCAGGACAUACUUAAUGGUCUUUCAUUGAGUAAUAUUGAUAAUGCCGUUAAAUAUAUUUCUGCAAACUUUACUCCAGGUUUUUAUGAAGAAUUAAUUCUUAACAUCAUUCAUUUUUCGGAAAUUAGACCGAAUCUCGUAAAAGUUUACUCUCUUCUAUGUAGUAUGCUUCUGACAAAAUUAGAACCAAAUUUUAAGCCAAUAUUAUUCAGAUUAUCCAAGGGAAUUUUCUUGCGUUACCUAUUUCUCGAAGGAAUUUAUUCAUUAGAAGAUAUACAAUCGAAAUGCAAGCAAGAUUUAACUCAAUACUUUUACUUCGCUCCAGAAUUAGAUAUACCAAAAGAAUGUGAAGAAAUUACAAAAUAUGGAUCAAUAUACAAGCGUUAUUAUGAAUUACGAAAAGAUAAUUGGCGAAAAUAUAAAGAUUUAUUAGAAUUAGGCUUCGAUAGAGGAACUUUGCGUUUCUCAUUGAGAUACGAUGAUGUUGAUUUAUUAGUUUCUCUAUCAUCAGAUCCUACAUGGACUUUGUCUAAAAAACUUUUCCCAUCUCCUUUCGAAAAUUCUUAUCCUAUGUCGAUGUUGGCGUUCGCUGCUAGGUACGGAUCAGAGAGAUGUUUCAAAUGGUUACUUGAUAAAGGCGCAACUUUUGAUGCAGAAGUUCCAGAAAAUAUUAUUAUCGGAGGAAAUAUGAAUUUAUUCAAUAUUCUCACGCAGAAGAAAACAAACUUCAAGCAUGAACUCGUUACAGCAGCUAAAUACUUCAGAAUGGAUAUUGCGGACUGGUUAUUAGUAAAUUCAGAUAAUUCAGAAGUUUUCAUCAGUAAUUUAAUCGAAAGUUGUAACUACAGAACUAUCCUUUACUUCGUAACACCACAGGAUAUGACAGAUGCCCAAAUUGGGCCUUGGACUCCAUUAUGUCGUGCAGCGGCCAAAGGAUUACUUUCAUUAUGUGUAUUCUUCGUUUACCUUGGCGCACAAGUUAAUCCGAGACACAAAGAAAUGCCAACUCCGCUUCACGCCUGUUCUCAAUCUGGAUACAUCGAAGUUUGUCGUUUUAUGGUACAGAACGGUGCAAAGAUCGAUGCUAAAGAUGAUAACAGAAACACUCCUCUUUAUAUAGCAAGUUCCAAGAAUAAUUUUGAAAUUGUUCAAUUUCUUCUCCAAAACAAGGCCCAGAUCAACACAACGAAUGAGGAUCAUAAAACAGCACUUGUAGCUGCUACAGAAAGCGGAGCAAAUGAAGUUGUUCAAUUAUUACUUGAAAGUGGCGCAGAUCCUAAUAUUACUGACCAAAUAAAGAGAACGGCCAUUCACUAUGCUGUUGAGAAUAAAAAUGCUGAAGCAACUCUUCUUCUUGUUAGAAAUGGAGCAGAUACGAAAUUGAGAGAUGAAGAAGGACAAGAUCCAUUUGAUCUGUGCUAUUCUAGUCAGGUAAAGCAGGCGUUAUGCGGAAAAGAGCCAACAAAUGAUAGUGGAUGGCUUUCAUAUUUAUGGUGUAGAAUUAAUUAA